AGCGCGCCCCGCCCCCGCCGCUAGAUCCGCUGCUGCUGCCGCGGCUGGCGGACCUGCAGGAGGCGGCGGCGGCGGCGGCCGAGGCCGAGGGAAGAUGGCGGACGGUGUGGACCACAUAGACAUUUACGCGGAUGUGGGCGAAGAGUUCAACCAGGAAGCUGAAUAUGGUGGGCAUGAUCAGAUAGAUUUGUAUGAUGAUGUCAUCUCUCCAUCUGCAAAUAAUGGAGAUGCCCCAGAAGAUCGAGAUUACAUGGAUACUCUACCACCAACUGUUGGUGAUGAUGUGGGUAAAGGAGCAGCACCAAAUGUUGUCUAUACAUAUACUGGAAAGAGAAUUGCUUUGUAUAUUGGGAAUCUAACAUGGUGGACAACAGAUGAAGAUUUAACUGAAGCAGUUCAUUCUUUGGGAGUAAAUGAUAUUUUGGAGAUAAAAUUUUUUGAAAAUCGGGCAAAUGGCCAGUCAAAGGGGUUUGCCCUUGUUGGUGUUGGAUCUGAAGCAUCCUCAAAAAAGUUAAUGGAUCUGUUGCCUAAAAGGGAACUUCAUGGUCAGAAUCCUGUUGUAACUCCAUGCAAUAAACAGUUCCUGAGUCAAUUUGAAAUGCAGUCCAGGAAAACUACACAAUCAGGACAAAUGUCUGGGGAAGGUAAAGCUGGUCCUCCAGGAGGCAGUUCACGUGCAGCAUUUCCACAAGGUGGUAGAGGACGGGGCCGUUUUCCAGGGGCUGUUCCUGGUGGGGACAGAUUUCCUGGGCCAGCAGGACCAGGAGGGCCACCUCCACCUUUUCCAGGAAAUUUGAUCAAGCAUCUUGUUAAAGGAACUCGGCCUUUGUUCCUGGAAACUAGGAUUCCAUGGCAUAUGGGGCACAGCAUAGAGGAAAUACCCAUUUUUGGCCUAAAAGCUGGACAGACUCCACCACGUCCACCCUUAGGUCCUCCAGGGCCACCCGGUCCACCAGGUCCUCCACCUCCUGGUCAGGUUCUGCCUCCUCCUUUAGCUGGGCCUCCUAAUCGAGGAGAUCGCCCUCCACCACCAGUUCUUUUUCCUGGACAACCAUUUGGGCAGCCUCCAUUGGGUCCGCUUCCUCCUGGUCCUCCACCUCCAGUUCCAGGCUACGGCCCCCCUCCUGGUCCACCACCUCCGCAACAGGGACCACCUCCACCUCCGGGCCCCUUUCCACCUCGCCCGCCUGGCCCUCUUGGGCCACCCCUUACACUUGCUCCUCCUCCGCAUCUUCCUGGACCACCUCCAGGUGCCCCACCGCCAGCUCCACAUGUGAACCCGGCUUUCUUUCCUCCACCAACUAACAGCGGCAUGCCUACAUCAGAUAGCCGGGGUCCACCACCAACAGAUCCAUAUGGCCGCCCUCCGCCAUAUGAUAGGGGUGACUAUGGGCCUCCCGGAAGGGAAAUGGAUACCGCACGAACGCCAUUGAGUGAAGCUGAGUUUGAAGAAAUCAUGAAUAGAAAUAGGGCAAUCUCAAGCAGUGCUAUUUCAAGGGCUGUGUCUGAUGCCAGUGCUGGUGAUUAUGGGAGUGCUAUUGAGACAUUGGUAACUGCAAUUUCUUUAAUUAAACAGUCCAAAGUAUCUGCUGAUGAUCGUUGCAAAGUACUUAUUAGCUCUUUGCAAGAUUGCCUUCAUGGAAUUGAAUCCAAGUCUUAUGGUUCUGGAUCAAGAAGACGUGAACGAUCAAGAGAGAGGGACCAUAGUAGAUCACGAGAAAAGAGUCGACGUCAUAAAUCCCGUAGUAGAGAUCGUCAUGAUGAUUAUUAUAGAGAGAGAAGCAGAGAACGAGAGAGACACCGGGACCGGGACCGGGACCGAGAUCGAGAGCGUGACCGAGAACGCGAGUAUCGUCAUCGUUAGAAGUAUAUACCCACAUUUUAUAUGAUCCAACUACUUGUUCUGAAUGUAAUCUUCUGGAAACAUCUGAGAUAAAUGACAGGUGAGUAAAUAGCAGGUAAACAUUUUGACCUCUUAUCCUUGAAUAUUUUGUCGCUUGCUUGAGUUAACAGUUUUUAGGUUUCAGAUUGUUAAUGGUCAUAAUAAAGCAAGAAAAUAAUCAAGAGGACUCAUUGUCUACUUCUAAAAUCUAAAAAUUGAAAUUCUCUUGAUCACAUACAUAGUUUGCAUGUGAUUUAAAAUAUAAAAUACAGGGAGUUAAUUCAUACUGUAUAUUUAUGCUUGGACCUCAAAAGUAAAUUUAAAGUGUCUCUCCUUGAACUAACUUGAUCCCUAAAAAAUUUAAAGGAAAUCUAGCACUAUAAUAGUUUAUAAUACAAGAAGUGGCUUCUCAGCAUUAAGAGAGCUUUGCUACUUAAGAAACUUUUUUUUAAGAAAAGAACUUUUCCUGCCAUCUGGGUUUUGUUUUUAAAAGAAAAAGCUUUAAUUUGCAAAGAAGGUAUGAAAGUUACUCAGUUACAAUGGAUUCAAGGUAUUCCAUAUAGAAAAUUUUUCAUUGUAUCAAAUCAUAUAUCUCAGGUUAGCAUAACUUUGAAAUAAUUUUCUUUGAUGUUUCAUUCAUAAACCAUAAUCAUUGUCUUUUUUCUGUAUUUCAAAACUAUUGUGUACAUUUUUCAUAAAGCGGGAAGAGUCUGUUUAUACUUCAUUUUCACGUGUAAUUUUAUUUUUAUUUUAUAUUUGUGAACAGCAUUUAUUCAUGUGAAAAGUGGGGAAGAGGGCACUGUAAGGCUUGUGCAUGUGACACAAAAAUUAUUCUGUAAACAGAUUUUUUUUUUCCUUUAUAUGUUGAUGGCAUAUCCAAAUUAUAAUUAGGCUAAAACAAACCCCUUAUAGAUAACUACUCUUUACAUAAUUAUUUUCCAUAAAUAAAAUUGGGAAAUACUGAAAAUUCAGGUAUUGGUAACUGUUAGUAUUUAAAUUGUUACGAGCAAAAUCAAAGACUUGUAUGUAAUUCUGUGGCAGAAUAGUGGUUUUCUUCAAAUGAAGUAGAUAUAUUUUAGUAAAUGAGAUCCUUUUGAAAUAAUAUUACUUAGAAGAUAAGCCUCUAAGUCUUAUUUUUAUAGUAUGCAAAUAAGCAGUUACAUUAUUUACAGUUUUAAGGGCUUUUGGAAGUGAAAAGUCAGGUUUUAAUACUUUCUCUUGCAUUUUGAAUAUGCACCUUGAAUAUUUAUCAGAAUUUUUAAUUUUAAAAUGGUCCUCCAUGUACUGUAUUAUAGAACUUAGUAUAAAUAAUUCUCUAAACAUUAUUUUAACAUGAGACUAAACUUUUUUUUUUUAACUUUCAAAAGAAGCUUAUUGAAAUCAAUACUGCUUUUGGAUGUAAAAAUUGGAUGUUGUAUCAUUUAAAACCAAACACUGAAUUUUAAAGAUGUAGCCACUACCCCCUACCCCAAGUUGAAUAGAUCUAAUCCCGUCUUUUGAAAAAAUUCUCCAUGUCCAUCAGUUGCUUAAGGUGAAUUGUGGCCAAGUUGUUAAAAUAUUUAUUAUGUAUAUCAUCCAUUUAAUUUCACAUAAGGUAUAGAUCCUUCAAGUUAUAUUUUUAUUUAGACUUUGUUAGUUAUCAACAAGCUUCUAGUUUUCUGAAGGCCUGAUAAUGGAACCUGCGUACAUUUUCAGUCAUCUCCAAGAUUGAAUGUGCCCAUCAAGGGACUUCUGAACCAGUUUAUACCCAAAAUUAAUAGGUUUUCUUACUGGUUUUAGUUGAACUAGCCUAGUCAGCCAAAUAAACUCCUUCUGAAAAGUCCGUUGUUAAUUUUAAAUACUUGAGAUCAACUCACAUUACAUUCCAGUAAUGGGUACACCUAACUAUAUCAUGGUUUCAUUACAUUCAGACAUUAACUAUGAAUUCCUAGCUUGCAAACUAUUGUUGACAUUUUUUCUUAAUCACUGAUGUGUACCAUACCAAAAUUCCCAUGUUUUGUUUGUACAUUAAUCAGAAUUGAGUUGUAAUACUGUUAUGUGCCUUCAUCCAAGCAAAAUUUUACAUAAGCAUUUCAGUGCAAAAAAUUCUGUUAUCCAGAAAUAUUGUACCGUUGCUAUACCAAACAGUAUUUAUUGCGGAUGUAGAUGUGAAUAAAUGGGUGGAGACUGGGAUUAAAUAUAUUCAAGUGAAAAACUUUUUGAAACAAAUUUAAAAAACUAUCUGCAUAAUUUGAUCAUCAUAAUAAGGUCUAUUGACCUUUUUUAGAAGUUUUAAAAUAUGAGUCCUUUUGAGCAUUCGUGUAAAUCUUAAAUGGACUAAAUGGAGUAAAAAUAACUUGGAAGCUAAAGUGACUGUCAGCAGUAAGUCUGUAUACAAAUAAAAGAAUUAUGUAAUCUCUUAUUAAAGUGAUGAUGAAUGGCUAAAAGGGCAAGUUCUUAAUUUAACUGGAAACUUAAUGAUGUCAGCGAGCUGUUGAUGUCUGUCCAUCUUAAUUUUUUUGUGUUUGAACUGUUGGUAAUGUUAAUUGCAUUCUCUCAUUUUAAAAAUGUAUUAGUUUUUCUAAAAGCAUUUAAUAUCUAAGUUCAAAUAUAUAAUAUUUUAAUGGGAAUAUCAAUAUUGUAAAUUUCAGCAUGUUAACUACAUUGUGCUUCAUAUUCUGUAAUUUCUGCUUCUAUUCUCAGACCACUCUGAGCAAAACAAAAGUAGUUGGGUGUUUUAAGAUCAUACACUUUUUAUAGAAAUACUUUUAUUUUUGUAGUUAUGUUAUUUUCUUUCAAGUUGUGUUCAUCUUACUACUUUUUUGGAGCAACAAUACUCAGCAAAUUUCUAUCAGUGCAGCUUUCCUUUAUAUACUGAAGAGUAAUGAAACAAGUUUACUUCUCUAGAUAUUCUUGAUUCAUGCUUUGCUUCUCCCUGAUAUCCACGGUUUUUACACAUUCUCAAAUCAUUAUCCAUUUAUUUGAUUAGAUUUUUAAGCAUCAUGUAUGGGGUAUAGGUUAAAUAAAUAACUCCUUUCCUUUGCAAUUUAUAGCUUUGCAUUAAUUUGGCAGGGUGGGGGGGAGCCAAAAGUUCUUUCUAAUAUAUUAAGAUGUUUUAUCUCUUUAAGAGUUAGUGUUAUGUUGAAUCUUAUGUGAAAAUUAAACUCUUCUAAUUAUCUAAUGAAUGAUCCUAGCAGUAAUAAGAUUUAAAAGCUCCUUCUGCAACUCUUAGGUCAUCUGAGAUGUGACUAAUAUUGUCCAGCUCUGUGUUUUCCCAUAUAUCUUAACUGCUUCAUCUGGAUGUGCCAACUCUGACUUCUUUCGCUCCAGUUUUCCUUGUUUUUGUAUUAUUUGCAAGACCUAUCUGACCACACAUUUAUCUUAAUUGAAAUGAGAAGAGAGUAAGAAGUGAUCCCUUGAGUGGAUGUAUAGUGUGUGUUUUGCUCACUGUGGUUUAAGAAUAUGGUUUUGUUUACAAAUGAUUAAUGUUCCCUGUUUAAAAAAAAAAAAAUUCAGUGCCAGUGUGAGUCAUCUUGAUGUCUCACCUUCAUCCCAGUGUGAAAUUUACUACCAUUGUUUUAGUUUGUAAAUUAGAUUGUUUUGAAUAAAUAAUGGUUUGAUUGAAUAGUUAGCAUUGUUUAAAGGAAACCUAAUAACAAAGAAAGUGGCAGGGGUGUCAUAUAUGAUAUCCAGACUUACUAAUUUGCCUUGGUGGUAGCUUUAACUCUCACCGUGAACUCUGCAGCUGAGUUUGAAAUGUGCAUUUUGUGAAAUUUUGGGGGCAAAACUGAGUAUUCUUUUAACUGUGAUGAAGUUUAUUUCUACUAUUUAGUGAACUGCCUAUAAUAGCAAUUGUGUAUAUAUUUUAUAGUGUAAUGAAAUGCUUUAGUUAAAAUGAGGUAAGUAUUAUCUCCAGAAGUGGAAAGAUGAAAGUAUGAAAUGUUUUGAUAGUAAGGGAAUUUUUUGUAAACAUAUACAAUGAACAGAAUUUUGUGUAAUAUGUUCUAGCCAGUGCAAGAAGAGAUUUUGAUUUUAAAGAGUUAACUUGUAUUUAGAUACUUCUGUGUCUUUUUGCCCACCUCAUCUCCAUUCCUCUCAUUACAAAGAAAUUUUCAGCUAAAAGUGAAUUUUAUUUUACUGAGUAUGCCUCUGAAAUUUUAUUAGAAUCCUUUUAAUUCAGUAUAUUAAUGUGAAAACCUUAUAAAAGAUCCAUAUCUAAAAUAUAUAUUUGAAUCUUUUACUUGAAAGAUGAAUUAACUAAUACCAGUAGAUUUGCUUAGAUAAGUUUCUAACAGAAACACUCAUAAUAUGAGUUGUUAGUAUUGACGUAAUCUCACAUUAUCUCAGAAUGCAGGUGCUUCUCUGUAUUGAAAUUUUAAUUUAGUGCUCACUUACAGACUUCAUUAAAGAGCCAUACAUUCCAUUUGUCUUAGUUUUUCCUUAAUAACUGUUUAUAUAGAGCUUCCUUUUAUAACUGAUAGCUAAAGCAAGAAAUUGUGUAGCAUUGACAUAGUUUUGACCACAUGGUAUUCUGAAAACAUGAACAUUGAAUGUAUUUGUCACUUUUAAGCUUCUUUUUGAUACCUUUGUUUAUGUAGAUUUCUACUUAGAAAUUUGAGAUUAUAUUAUGGAAUUGGAUUAUUGGAAAUGGGUUGUAUUGCCUUCAAAUUUGCUUUUUUUGAAAUUGUAAAAUUUGUAUUUCCAAAUGGAUAAAUGUAAAGUGUUUAGAAAUAGAAAUAAAAACUGUCAGAUUACCCCUAGAUUUCAUGUCUGUAUGGUGAAAAUUGGAGACUUAUUACUAGUAAAAAUCUAUUUAUAAAGCAAAAGAUAAGGAAUUUAUCCUAAAGAUACAUGUUGUAAUUUCACAAAUGGAUUCUCUACGUAAAAAGGAGUAAAAUUCUCCAUUGAAGUGACACAAAUGAUAGAAAAUUGUAGUGUUUGCCAUAUGUAUUUUUGGAAGGCUUGUUUUUGUUUUGCUCACUGUGACUUAAAAUAAUUUAUCCCUUCCAGCACAACAAAUUAAUUAGGGAGAUAGCUUUUUUUUAAAGAUUUACAGAUUUCCCAUUAAUUCAUUUUUUCACAUUAGAACAUAGGCUGUUGUCUUUCUUUAAUACUUCAAUACCAGUUUGUAAAAGUAUAUUGCAAGUAGUAAAGAUAAAAUACAUGAAGGCUGCCUUUCUAGAUUUUUUUUUUCCGUGAAAUAAUUCCACCAAAAGCUUCAUCAGCAUAAGAUAAAGUUCAGUAAAAGGUAGCAUUAGAAAUGGCUUAAGUAUCUAUUUGAAAAAUAUGGGCAAAUAAAAACUAUUUAAAAGAGAAAGUCCAGGAUUAUAACAUAUGCUUUUUCUUUUUGCAGUUGUAAAAUUUAAUAUUUUACGGCUAGGCAAUGUGAAUGCAUAUGUGUACUGAUGCUCUUAAGAUGCUUAUAGCCUAACUGAGGAGGAAAGGACAUAAAAGAAAAUUUAUAGUUGCAACAGAAUAUUAAUUACUCUUAAUAAUAGAGCAAAAGUAUUUUUCAGUUGGUUUUUUGGACGACUCACUAAACAUUGUUCCCUUUUGCCUCUGACAUCAUCUUAUUGUUGAAACACUCUCUUGGAAUUUAUAUUUUAAAUAUCUGAUGUUUCAGUGGUCACUUAGAUCUACAUUAAUUGAAUGUUUCUUUUGUGAACCUCUACCUGACGUUUGCAUAUUUAUGUAUUCUUGAAAUUUUAGUUCAUCUAAUUUAUUGAGGAUUUUUUUUUUCAAUGUGAGGUUUCAAUGAAAUUUAUUGUAGAUUCCCAUAUAGCUUGUUUUGGGUUAGUUUCUAAUACUACAUUAGAUAUUUUGACAUGGGUGGAAUAGAGUGAAAGCAAAGUAAAUGUUUUAAAUUUGUAUAUGUCUAAAGAUUUGUACGUGGAUGUCAUUUAAAUGUGCAUACUGAGCUUAUAUUUAUAAAUUUUGUAACAUAGAGGAUUGUUUGAUUUAUAACGUUUGCAGAAGUUCCUGUAUGCUGUCAAAUAAAAACAACUAGUCUGUAAAAUAAUUGAUUGCAUUUAUAUUCAGUUCACAUUUGUUAAUGAGUUAUAUAGAAUUUGUGUGGGUGAAUGAAAAAUAUUUACAUUAAAAUCAUCCAGGCAUUUUUCUUUUUAUUUUUGUAGUAUGCAUACUUUAGGAAAUGACUUAUGUUUCCAUCUUCACAGAAACGGUAGCUGCUACAUGUUCAUUUCUGUUUCAGUCAUUAAAUUUAUAAGGCAAUAAUGUUUAAGAAGAAUGAAAUCAGAAUGUCUCAGUUUUAAUUAUCACAUAAAUUUGGGAACAUUUCUCCACCACAAAGGCAGCUACUGUUUCAGUGAAUUCUUAAUUUUGUGUUAGAAUACGUAACAGUGAAGUAGAUGCACGACUUGUGUAUGUAUAGUUAAGCCAGCAUUUUUCUGUGUAUUAUGGGGAAUAGCAAAAUCUACAUCAUAAAUUUUGACACAUUACAGCUGAAGGAAGAGGAACACCUUCCAAGACAAAACAGUCUUCAUGGGGGAAAAGUGACGCUUGUCCAGCAGUUUGCUUCUUGUGAUUGAACUGAACCUGUAAGGAUUCAUGGAUAAAAUGAACAGGAAUAGAUCUGAAUAAAGCAAAUCUGCAUAAAUGGUAACCAGUAGCUCUACUUUUAUUUUUUAUGCUUAACUGUUUUAUUUGAAGGAAACCUGUGUGAUUUAAAAAGUUAUAGCUUUUGCAACUUUAUUACUGGUUAUAUACAUUUGGCCAUUAUAAUGUGCAAGCAAUUGGAAAAAAAAAACGUCAAGUAAAUGCUUGUUUUAUAGUAGUUUGUUCUUGUUAAAAAUGUUCAUAUGAUAAUGUCUGUAAACAGCACCACUUUGAUUACAAUAGAUGUAGUGUUGUAAUAAACUGUUUAAUGGGGCUGAUGUGUAAAGCUGUUCAAGUUAUUUGAUGUUUACACCUCAGGGAAAGUCUUGUGUUCAGCAAUAUCUAAAGAUAAUGUUACUAUGACAUUUAUACUGUCCUUUAAAAAAACAUUGCAAUAGAGUUUUUGGAUAUGCAUCAAUCUAAUCUUGCGUUCAGUGAAUUAAACAUACUAAUUAAGUGUCUCUUGCCCUUGAUUUUGAUAUUAGAAUAGGUGAUUACAUGGGUAUUUAAUAUUUCUAUAUUCUGCUUUUCUAGCUGUUUUUAUCUAGUUAAGCUUGUGACUUUGCUGAAUGGUAUGUAAACUUGUAAAAACUGAAAUUUCACAACAUAACAAUCCAGUCAAUGUGUUAAGGGUCAAAAAAAAAUUUUGUGGUUUUAACAUUUUAGUCAAAACCCAUACAUGAGUUGCUACAGUAUUGCAGCUUAAUUACAACAGAAAUGUACUGAAACCCUUAAUUGUAAACUGCUAGCAUUGAAGAAAUAUUUUGACAAUUCUGAGUUGAUGCGGCAGUUAUUUGCUGUUUUAUAUUGGUAGUGCUUAUGGUUUAUUUUUGAAGCCAUGGGCAAUGUAAAUAUAGCCAGCCGUGCAGCAGACAAAUGUGAGUAAAGAAAGCCUUAGUUUUAUUUUCCAAUUACAGGAAAUAGAUUUUUGAAGGGUGUGAUGUUUUACAUUGGGUUGUAUUCCUGUAUGUGUAACGGGAGAUUGUAAGUGUACCUAUCUCUACCGUUUCAGGAAUUCUGUGUAUUCCUGCAACCUAUUACUUCAUGCUAAAAUUACUAGUUAAUAUGUUUUUCAAACCUGCCUUGCAUAUAAGUCCACAUUAAAAGUACCUGGCUAGCAUGUGUUCUUAGUUAAACAUUAACAUAGGCAGAAUGUCAACUUGAUUUGACAUUUUUAUAAAAAGGUCAUUCUCAAUCACUACUUCAGAAAUUUGAGUUAAAAUCUUUAAGCAAGUUAAUUUGUUUUUAAUGUUUUUGAUAGUCUUUGGGAGAUCUGAUAAUACUCACUGAUUUUUUUUUUUUUUUAAGUAUAAUCAGAUUUUAGGACAAUGCUUGGUAUUUAGGCACCCUAAAUAUUAUGUAACAUGCAACCAUAGAAGCCCUCCAGAGACCUUCAGUUCUUUUCAUGUUGUCCAUUAUCAUACUGGUUCUUACAAAAUUAGCUGUUUCAAUUUAUUCAUAUUAUCGCCAGUUUUAUUUUAAAACAUUUUGUGAUUAGAGUAUUUGUGCAUGGGAUCAUUGGUGUAUAUCAGAGCUGUUUGCUCUCGGAAAUCAUUUAUUAAGUGUUCUAUCUUGUUGAAAGUGCAGUUGCCCUUUUAACAUUAUUUGAGAAUUGUAUCAAAAAUCUAUUUUCUUGCUUUGUAUAUAGGUGUUAGUUUUUGUUAUUUCUUAGCUUUUUUAAAAAUUACAAUGCCAUAAUAAGAAGUAUGGACAUAAAUAUAUUACAAGGGAAUUUAGUUUGUAGUAAUCUUAAAAGGUAAGUAAAUGUCCAUUUAGGAUGAAAUUUUUCCUCUGAACAAUUUAAAAAUGGAAUCAUAAAAGUCUUAACUGUGCUUGAACUUGAAAUGAAAACUGGAAAUUUUGUACUAAUUAAAUCCUUCAUUUACCUUUUCCUUUUUUAUCAGUGGAACCCUUUAAUUGCUCAUUCUAAAUCACUCUUCUACUUGGCUGAUUUUAUUACGUGACUUUUAUUUCAGACAAUGUGAGUGUACUAGAAUUGUUUGCUGUUAGUCCAUUACUUAAGUGUUGUCAGAAGGAAAUAACUUUUUUUUUUGACCAGUUAAUUUUGCAAAGUCUUUCUCUACUUGAUAUAUGAAUGUUUAGCAGUAAAAGGUGAAAGUGUAAGCCUUGUUUUAUUCUUCAUGUCCCCCUUUUUUAAAAUGGGCUGAUGUUAUUUGAGAACUUCUUUUUUUUAAUGUUUAAAAAUAAUCCAAAGAGAAAAAUUUUUACAUAGACACCAAAAAAAAAAGUCCCAGAGAUCUUUUCAUUUCUCCUUAAAAAUAAUUGUAGUUAAUAUGAAAACAAACUCAAGUUUAACUUUUAAACCAUAGCACUUAGUAGUGCUGUGCAGUCAGUCACACAUUCCUUUCAGCUAAUAAAGUUAGGAAUGAGCGAUACACCGUUUGAAUGGUAUUGCUUCUGAAGCAAUACUUUGAAUUGAAUGUGCUUUUAGUUAAAGGACGUAAGUUAUGGAAAGGAUAUUCUGGAGUAAAUUUAUAAGUGUUUAUUUUGUCAAUUUUCAUAAGCAAGAUUUGGAGUAAGUUGCAAGAGCUCAUGAUCAUAGUUUAGCACACUUACCUAGAAUAUUCUUAAGCAGUUAACUACAAUUUGGAGUUCACAAAAAACUUAUGAAUUGUAGCUUAAGGUAUUUUCAGUUAAAUCUCCUGUGGAGAAUGUUGCUUUGUUUUCUACUAGUUAUAAGGUCAGUUCUUAAAAUAAACAUGGAGGUUUUAAUGAAUGUUAUAUAACAUUUUAUAGUGAAAGGGGAAAAUUGUUGGAAGGGCAAAGAGUUUCUUUCCCUUAUGUAUUUAAAUGUGCCAAUAACCUAAAUACAUGCAGUUUUAUACAAUGAGAUGCUACUACAAGACUUUCUGUUGGAGUGCUGUCGACAUUUUGGUUUUUUUAUACCUGAAUGAUCAUUGCACUUUCUGUAUCUUAUAAGAUGGCUUCAUUUUUGUGUUUUAAGCUCCAGCUUGUUAUUUUAGGAGGAAGUUUUCUGUUCUAACUCUUUCCUAAGAAUAUAGUAUUGAGGUUCUAGCUGUUUUACGGAUAACUGCCUUUUGAAUUUAUUCAUUAAGCUCAUUUGCAUCCCAUAACCAUCUGUAAAUGUUUCCCAUAGUUGUAAGUGCACACUUAUUCAUUGUACAUAUUAGACAUUUUUGUGCUAAAAUAUAUUAAGUGGGAUUUUUGUAGCAAAGCAUUCAAUUUUUUGGUUCAUAGAGUAUGUGUGUGUUGUUUUUUACAUUUAACCUUCAGUUUAAACACUGGUGUAUUUAUUUUUUUAGCAACUUUACUCUUAGAAGCCUUAGACUAGUUUUUUAAUAAAUAUUCAACCAAAAAUUAUGAAUUUAUUAAGAUGUGGCCUUACAUAUAGCAUUCCCUGUGUUUGUAAUGUGAGAUUUUUGAUUUAGAGAACUCAAAAGAUUCAUGAGUAAAGUAUUUUAUUGUUAAGUUGAAAUAGAAAAUGUUUUAAAAUGUCUAGGCUUCUGGGAGGAAGUUCUUAUACUCUUCUUUCUUGGUACCAGAAAGAAGCAAUGUGAAUUUUUAUGAAUAUUCAAUAUUCAGGCAGUUGUAUGCUGUUCAGGUUGAUUUAGGUUUGUUUUAACCAACUUCUUUAAAAUUUCAGGUUGUUGGCAUUCACUGAAUAUGUAGCUACUAUGGUUUUUUUUGUAUGGGACAUAUAAACACUUGGUUAGGCAUGGAUAGAUUUUAAUGUUUUAAAGGCUUCCUGCUAUAUUAACAUACUGUAAUGGGAGUCUUUAAAAAUAUUAGGUAGAGUUUAAUUGAAGUCACACAAAUCUUGAAAUGGUAUCUGUGGAUAGUAAAUACUACCAAGAGUUUUUCAUGUGGGAGUAUCCUAAAACUCCGCCAUGAGUGUAAAUGUUUUACAUUAAUUUCAUAAUUGGAUAGACCCUGCAUUUAGUAAAAACAUUUCAUUUUGAAGAUGUGUUCUUUUUGUCGCAUUGUUACUGCGUAACACUUCUCAGCAUUUCUGUAAGUUAAAUUAUUUUAAAACAGUGAAUUCAUGUUUAUUUUUUUACUUUGAAAAUUGUAGUACUCAGGUGGUAUUUAAUGGGAAAGGAUCCUUUGGGGUAAAUCAUAAUGUAUUCUAAGGAAUGCAUCUAUAGCAUUAAUGACUUUAGCCUUAAAAAAAGGUCUAUUCUUAUUCCUUCUUCCUCUUCAUUCCAUGGUAUAUUAGCAAAGUAGUUUACAGCCUUGUACAGCCUUACAAAGUUGUUUUACAAUUUUUAAUGGAAAGCCCUUAACAAAAAAUUGUAUCGUAUUACCAAUAUACAUAAAUUACUGAACCACGGUUUGUAAAUAAUUUGUCUAAAUACCAGGAGGCCAAAGAAAGUCAAAAUUUUAGCUAUUGACUCUAUGGUGACUUCACAAUAAGAUAUCUGUGCAAAAGGUAAGAUUGAUCAAAUAAACAUCUGUUUGGUGUCUGUGAGAACUAGACUUUUCAUAUUAGCUUCUAUUUAAAAGCUCAUUCCAUCUUAUUGAAAUGUUUGUAAUUGCAAUUUUGUGUUUAAUGUUUACUUUCUGUCUUUUCUUUCUUUAGCAUUUAGGUGACUGUUCAGCAGUUUGCUAUAUGGCCAUUGUUGGCCUUUAAACUGCACUAGUAACAAGCAUGGUAUUUAUCUUGUAUCGAAAAUAAAACAGUUUUUAUAAUA